CCGGUCCGCCGUGGCCAUCAACACUCGUCCGCCACACUCCGUCGCGUACACUCCAAGAACUCAAUACGCUCUUCUCACCCGUAACAACACCCGCGUCGCAAUGUACUGCAAAGUCUUGAUCGCUCUGUGCUGCAUGGCAGUGUACGCCGUGCACGCCAGUCCCGCGGGCACUGCCGCUGUUUCCGCCGACGACGAGAUUAAGGACUUCCCGGCCUACAUGAAGCGGUUCGACAAGCUCAACGUCGAACAGGUGCUGAACAACGACCGCGUCCUGACCAGCCAUCUCAAGUGUUUCCUCAACGAGGGCCCGUGCGUCCAGCAGUCCAGGGACCUGAAGAGAGUCAUCCCAGUGAUCGCCAACAACGGCUGUAACGGAUGUACCGAAAGGCAAAUGACCACCAUUAAGAAGGCGCUUAACUUCUUGAGGACGAAAAAGCCAACCGAAUGGGAAAGACUUGUCAAGAUCUACGACCCAUCCGGCACCAAGUUGAACAAGUUCCUCGACGCGUAACGGCUCUGAAUAUGCUAUAACAAUGAUAUUAUGACAACGCUAUAAUAUAUUAAAAAUAAUUAUAGUUGAAAUUUAUUACACCACGUGUGUGACGACUGACAAUGUCGUUCAUGAUAAUAUGUUUAUGUUUAAGACGCACGUUUAAUAGUUUUAUGUAUGCAUACACAAGAUUUCACUUAUGCUGUAUUGCAAAAAGAAAAUCGUCUAUUUAUAAGUUUUUAUAUUAAUUUAUUACAUUUAUUGUACUGUUUUAAAAAUAGAAAAUAAAAACCAUCUCAA